AUGUCAUCAUCCACCGUACAGGAAACUACGUCAGGUGUGCAAAGGGUAGUAUUUACAAAAGAAUCCAUUGAAAAAGAUGAACGACAUAAAACUUUUUCAGGAAAAAUUUCAUCAAAACAUUUAACAAUCGUUCAUUCAAUACCAAAUUUAUGCCGUGAGGUACUUUGGAGAGAACCACAAAAACCUGAACCAUUUCUACCUGAUUUACAACAUGGGAAACAAUUAGUAUGGAGAAUGUUACUGGAAUGUUUUUGCACCGAACUUCUAUUUUAUACCAUUCUUUGA